AGAAAGUGUUCUUGUUCAUAUCCAAUCUUAACAUCUUUGAUGAAGAGUUAGAAAUUUUGAGAGAGAAGUUUGAAAUGUUGCAUAAAAGAGAAGGUGGGUUUUGUGUAAUGGUGUGGCUUCCCAUCACAACAGUGGACCUAAUUAAAGACACAACAUUUAAUAAUAAGAGAAUGAAGAUGAUAGGGUACACAGUGCGCCACCCUUUACUGCCUGAUGCUUGGGGUAGCAAUGAGGAGGCCACUUUGGUGGCAGUGGACCAAGAAGGGAAGGUAAUGUGCCCUAAUGCCCUACACACGUUUCGAAUUUGGGGCUGUAAGGCACUGCAAUUCAGUGGAUUUAAGGAGAGAGAGCUGUGGCGGGAAGAGAAGUGGGGCAUUCGACUUUUGUUAGAUACUGUUGAUUCCUUCACAUUGAAUGAGAGAAGGAGCGAUGACUUGAUUUGUCUAUACGGAGGUGUGAAGGAGGAAUGGCUUCGAGACUUCCAAAGAGAAGCAACCAAACUCAUGAACCAAAGGGAUAUGAUCUAUGUGGGAAAAUCCAACUCCACCAAGGAACAAAUCUCAACCCUCUUAACCCACUGCAACACCAUAGACACGUGGAGGCAUUACAAGACCGUCCGCCACUUCUGGGCUCGCCUCACCAGCAUCCUCCAUGUGGGCCACCAGCUGGUGCAUGUGGGUGAGAAUGACGUUGUUUUGAAUGAAGCUAAGAGCCUUUUGGCCCUCGAUGGCCAUAGGGAGGGAUGGGCCCUGUUUGGCACUGUGGGAGGGUCGGAGAUGGUGGCAGCGGCCGGAGAGUCGAUUCUCCCAGCGCUGAAGAGGUGUGCGGAGAGGCAGGUAGUCGAGACAAGCGGAAGGAGCAUGAUUCUGGUGGCGUUGAAGGAGUGUAUUGGCAGUAGUAACAACGUGGGUAUUAUGUGGCCACAGGCGGCAAACCAUUGUUGCUGUAUGGCGAUGGCGAGGGACUUUGAUUGCAAGUACUCGAAGAACCCAAUGGGCACUCAGUGCAGCCAAACAAUGGCUCCACACACAAUGUCCCGAUGCUGCUGCAGGCACCCUUGAGUAAUUAAUUUUCGGGCUACUUCAUGUUUUUCAAAACAUAUUUUGCUACUUCAGAUUGUCUUUUCUGCUUUGAGGUCAAUAUUUUAUGACUGAAUUAAGUUGUUGGUUCAAGUUUAAAAGAAGGGAGGUUGAUCCUUCUAAUGGCACUCCUUUAAGUUGAGGCAAGUUGAUCUCAAAAAUAUUUUUCAAGUAAAAA